AUGACUUUAAUUAAUCAACAAACUCUAACAGAAAUAAAUGAAUCUGUAACUUUACAAAACGAAAAUUCCCAAAAUAUCACUUCCCUCUCACCGCAAAACACAACCACACAUGAUUCAGAAGAUACAAGGUCGAUCAGAUCAACAUCAAAUUCAACGAACCCUAUUCCAUCAUUAAAUAAUUCACAAACUUCCUUACCAUCAUAUGAUCACGCUAAAAUCGAUAUGCCACCACAAUAUCCACAUCCUAAAUUUGAUGCUAAUUUACCUUGGGAUUUUGUACCGAUCGAACCACAGCAACCUUGGCCG